AUGGAGGCUGAACUAAAAGAAAUGCUUAACGAUCUUGAAAGCCUCAAGAGUUUGCUACCCGAUCCUUCCCAUCUAUCUUCGAUUAAUAAGCUGCAGUCACGUGUGGAGCAUAUUACGAACAUGGCAUAUUCUACGCCAAUGAGGAGAUCAAAAGUCAAGGACAUGAGUGCCGAGGUGGUGGACAGCAAUCCCUAUAGUAGGCUCAUGGCACUUCAGAGAAUGGGCAUUGUCAACAAUUACGAGAGAAUAAGAGAGUUCUCAGUUGCCAUCGUUGGAAUUGGUGGUGUUGGCAGUGUUGCCGCUGAGAUGCUAACAAGGUGUGGCAUUGGUCGUCUUUUGUUGUACGAUUAUGACAAAGUGGAGUUAGCUAACAUGAAUAGGCUUUUUUUCCGUCCAGAGCAGGUUGGGAUGACAAAAACUGAUGCUGCUGUUCAGACCCUUUCAGACAUAAAUCCUGAUGUUGUGCUAGAGAGUUAUACUUUCAACAUCACAACAGUCCAAGGAUUCGACACCUUCAUGACCAGUUUAAGAACCAAAGCUUUCGGCCCAAGUAAGGAAGGCAAUGGGGUAGACCUUGUUUUGAGCUGUGUGGAUAACUAUGAAGCCCGGAUGGCUGUUAAUCAGGCCUGUAAUGAGCUGAAUCAAGUAUGGAUGGAGUCUGGUGUAUCUGAGGAUGCUGUUUCUGGCCACAUACAAUUGCUUAUUCCUGGAGAAACUGCUUGUUUUGCUUGUGCACCUCCCUUGGUUGUCGCAUCUGGAGUGGAUGAACGCACUCUCAAACGUGAAGGGGUCUGUGCAGCCUCUUUACCAACCACCAUGGGAGUUGUUGCUGGGCUCUUAGUACAGAAUACACUCAAGCUUCUUUUGCAAUUCGGGAAUGUCUCCCCUUACCUGGGAUACAACUCUUUGAAAGACUAUUUCCCAACCAUGGAAAUGAAGCCAAACCCUCAUUGUUCAAAUGGAGCUUGUCUGGAGCGUCAGAAAGAAUUCCUCCUUUCAAAACCUGCAAGGGAUGCUGCUGCUGCUAGAGCCAGGAUGGAGGCUGAGGCAGCAUUAGUUGCAGAAGGCCCUCUUCAUGAUGACAAUGAGUGGAAUAUAAGCAUUGUUGAUGACAGCGAUGUUGAAGCUAGUGGUGCUGCAAUCUCGGAUGCUCUCCCUGAAGGACUUACUCGCGAGCUUCCAAGUGCAGACCAGUUUCAGAAACCCCAAGCUGCUGAGCCAUCUGUUACCAUUGUCGAUGACCUUGAAGAACUUAAAAAGCAACUCGAAGCCCUCAAUGCAGACUGA